CCUGAGGCUGGCAUGGAGCCCACCAACCACCCCAGGCACUGGAGGGGUGUCCUGUACAGCCAGCUCUACUGCCUGCUUCUAGGCACCUGUUCUGGGCUGACAGUGACCGUGCCCUCGGCCACCGUCCACGGCAUCCAGGGUCAAGCGCUCUACCUGCCGGUGGUCUACAGCUUCCAGACCCCGGCCUCAGACGUCCAGAUUAUAUGGAUGUUCCAGAGGCCUCCGGCCACUCCCAAAUACCUGCUGGGCUCCGUGAACACAUCCGUGGUUCCGGAUCUCGAGUAUCAGCACAAGUUCACGAUGGUGCCGCCCGAUGCGUCCCUGCGGAUCGAGCCGCUCCGUUUCAGUGACGAGGGGACUUACAUCGUCAAGGUCAACGUGAACGUGCAAGGGAACAGAACCGUGUCUGCUCAUCAGAAGAUGCUGGUCACUGUGGACGAUCCUGUAACCAAACCCACCGUGCACACCCAGCCUUCCUCCGGAGCCGUGGAGAACGUGGGCAACUUGACGCUGACGUGCGUGGUGGCCAAGGGAACUCGGGUCCUGUACCGGUGGCUGAAAGACGAGAGGCCAGUGCAGGCCAGCCCGACCCACAGCUUCUCCCUCAGCCACAGCGUCCUCCACAUCACCCCUGUGAUGAGAGCCGACGUGGGGGAAUUCCGAUGCCUGGUGAGGAACGCUGUCAGCGAGAUGCAAAGUGAGGCGCUGGUGCCCACCAUCUACUACGGACCCUACGGACUCACAGUCAAUUCAGACCGAGGUCUGAGGGUGGGAGAGGUCUUCACUGUGGACCUCGGGGAGGCCGUCCGCUUCGACUGCUCCGCCGACUCCAACCCCCCCAACGUUUACUCAUGGCUGCAACGGCAGGACAAUUCCACCCAGGUGAUCGAGCACGGUCCGCGACUGGAGGUGGCUUCGGGGAGCCUGGGCCGGAGCGCGGAUUACACGUGCUGUGCCUACAACAACAUCACGGGGCGGCGAGGGGAGGCUCGCUUCACCGUCAUCAUCACGUCUCUAGGACUAGAGCGGGUCACCAGCAAAGGGAAGUCGUCCUUGGCCAUCAUCACGGGCAUCUCUGUGUUCCUCAUCGUAGCCAUGAGCAGUCUCUUCUUGUGGAAGAAGUGCCAACCCUACAAAACCAUUCGCCAGAAGCUAGCAGGCAGGUCAGAAUCUGACUACCGGAAAGCGCAAACCUUUUCAGGCCAUGAAGAUGCCCUGGCUGACUUUGGGAUCUAUGAAUUUGUUGCCUUCCCGGAGCCUUCCACUGCUCCCAGAAUGCCCAGCGGUCCCAUUUGUGGUUCUGAGCAGGGCCCUAGGCAGGAGGUCCACGGCACAAUUUAUGAAGUCAUCCAGCAUAUACCUGGGCAGGAGCAGCAAGGCCAUCCAGAGUAA